UUACAUUUACAGUGGGCAAAAUGGCGACAUCCGAAGAAGCUGUGCUUACAUCUUUUAUGGAUCCUCUUAAAGACAUUCUGGUGAAUUAUUUAAUGCCAGAAAAAUGUUACGACGAGUUUUUUCUACAUUUUAACUUUCUGCACGUUACUUGUCUGAAGAUAAUUAUAAGCAAAGGUUUGGGCAUUGGAAUCAUCCUUGGCUCUGUACUGGUGAAGUUGCCUCAGAUCUUAAAGCUGAUUGGUGCCAAGAGUGCAGAAGGUUUGAGUUUUAAGUCUGUGCUGCUGGAGCUGUUUGCAAUCACAGGCACUAUGGCCUAUAGUAUUGCCAAUAGCUUUCCCUUCAGUGCCUGGGGAGAGGCCUUAUUCCUUAUGUUUCAAACCAUUGCAAUUGGGUUUCUUAUACAGCAUUAUAGAGGAAGCACCAUCAAAGGUUUGGGCUUUCUUGUCAUCUUCUUUGCCCUGCUGGCUGUCCUCAUCUCUCCUUUCACUCCCAUGUCUGUUGUCACUACCAUGCAAGCCUCCAACAUGCCAGCUAUAAUAUUUGGACGGCUAAUUCAAGCAGGCACCAAUUACAGUAAUGGCCACACAGGACAGCUGUCAGCUAUUUCUGUGUUUCUGCUGUUUGCUGGCUCCUUGGCCCGAAUAUUCACCACAGUGCAGGAAACUGGCGACUCCCUGAUGGUUCUCACCUAUAUCAUCUCGUCGUGCUGUAAUGGACUGAUUGCUGCUCAGGUCCUGUAUUACUGGAAUGCCAGACCAGCCCUCAAGAAGAAAACCGAGUAAACCAGCUGCACAGCAGUGAGGAAUCGAAUGACUCAUACCUCAGUGUCGACUUCACUUAGCUUCCUGCUCUAAACAGCUUCUUGAAUCUGUUUGUAAACUUGGAACAAAAUUGGUGUAUGUAACAUGCUGCAUCUGUUCUGAGGUUUGUUGUUUAAGACAGAGGUUCCACUGCGUUAGAACACACUUUUUGCCAGUGAGGUAUGGAGGUAUCCAUAUACUGUUCUGCAUACGGAUGGACACCUCUUAUCACAUUCAUUCUCUAAGGACACUGUUGUGACCUGAACUGUAGGACCAAAAAUUCAAACGAGGGACCUUCUACGUCUAAAUUUUGAUUAACAUUCCACUGACUAGUGCUACAUAAAUUCAUAUGUGACCAUGUACGAUCUAGUCCAGUCCUUUUAGGUUAAUAAUUUCCUUAUAGCUCAGGGAAAUGAACACCUGUUCAUAUUUUAGAAAUCUCUAAAGCCUCUACACACUAAUCGUGUUUUAGACUUCAGCACUGUCUGGUUGCUUUGCGAUAUAGAUGUAGAGAUCCUCAUCAGGAUGCUGAAGUGAAGCAGAAUAAAUGAAAAUGUCAUUUUGGCUUUUCCUCACACCUAUUUUGUGGAAGAGUGUUGAGACUUAAGAGAUUUUAUCCAGUCAUGGUGAAUGGAAAGGGUUUUGUUUUGUCUUCAAGCACAUGUAAAUUACAUAAUCAGAAGUAUUUGGUUUUUUUUCCUUGUUUUUCAUCUAAUAAUUUGUGUUUUUGUUUUUAUUGUAGAAUUAGACAGCCUGAAUUUGUAAUUUAUGAUGAGGCAACAAUUUUUAGAAUGUAAUGGAUAAUAUAUAAGUAUUAUCCUUUGCACUUUGUCCACCGAAUUGCUGUACUGUGGAUCAAUAAUGAGGGUUAAUCAGAUAAGACAUACACAACAAGCUAAAUGGCUGUAGGAAUGGUUGAAUUAUUUAUUUUUUUUAAUUACUUAGUUAUUUGCAAACUAGUUUGCUUACUGUUGCCUUGCCAGUUGUUCCACCUAGUUAAAUCUGGAUCGAGGGAAUUCAGAAAUUCAGUUCACAGUUUACCUUCAGUGUGUUUCCAAUACGUUACAUCUAGCACCAUAUAAUAUUAAUUCAACUUCUGAAUUAAAAGUGGAGCCAAAACUGGUUAUGGCAUUGCAUAAUACUGCUGAACAAUCCAUAAAUCUAACAAACAACAAAA